AUACGAAUGUUAAGAUCGAUGUGGAUCGAUCCCUCGGCUUUUAUCAUGAUGUAACAAGUGCAAAGUCUCAGUCGGAUUUCAUUACACUUGGAGAAAAGUAGUUUCAUUUUCGACGUUUCGUAAGUAGAGUAGUAGAAAAAUUGAGAUUAUUUAUUGGCCUGUUUUUUUGGGAAAAAUGGACAAAGUGGUGAAAGCUGAGAUGGAGAAGGAAUUCCGUCAAGCCCUCCCAAAAGCUAGGAUGAUGAUGACCAAGAACGUCCUGAGCAAGGAGGACCUCAACAAGUUGUACGGUCUCUUUCAACAAGCCACGCAAGGGAAUUGCAACGACUGGAAAAUUUUUGGCUCCAUGAACCUGGUCGAUUUGGAUUCAAAGGCCAAAUUCAACGCGUGGGUGGCGAAUCGUGGCCUGUCGAAGCACGAAGCCAUGCAACGAUACGCGUCCGAAGUGAACAUUUUAGCGACCAAAUACGCCGUCGUGUUUCCCACGUCGAGGUCACAAUUUGGAUCCGCGUCUUCUUUCUCGACGUCGACCACGCCUUCCGUUUCGGACGUGGUGGAUUCCGAUACUCCCGCCGCCGUCGGAGGGGCUGGGGGUGACGACGCCGCCGGUGACGAUGACUCAAUCACGUCGGACACUUCCCUUCUUUAACUUUGUCGUCCAUGAUUAUUUAUAAAAAUGAAUGGUUUUCGGCCUAAAUUCUGCAAUACUCUGAUGAAAUUUUACAAAGAAAAACAACGGCCUUAAUUCACAACACUCUUUCAAAAUCACACUAUUUUUGUGACACGUUUUAAUGGAAAUCUACUAAUUUUCUUUAAGGAAUUGAGCUUUCUAAGCAGUAGUAAAUUGUAGUAUUUUACGAUAACGAGCUGUAGUGUGUAAAUUAAUUUGCUUAAUUUUUGUGUGCCUCUGCUUUUUUUCUAGUGCAAUAAACUAAUUUAUUUCCUGAUUUUUAAACCCA